AUGGCGUUAGCCAUGAAAAUUACGAAUAUUCAAACGGCCGAUGAGCUCUACAUUAGUACCGGAUCACAGCUGCUUAUCCCAUGCAGCUUUUAUGCAGAUGAACCCGUCCAGAGGAGCGCCAUCACUCUGGAAUGGGGAAAAACAACAGAAGAGGGUGGGAUGUACACCCGCCUAAUCUACCUAACUGUAACCACCUCCAAUGUUAUCCUGAGAGAGCAACACCAUGACACGAGGGUGCAAUUAUUUAUCUCUCGCGUGCCCCAAGGGAACUGCUCCUUAGUCAUAGACAACGUCAAUGAGGAGGACGGUGGAAUAUAUGAACUUCAUCUGAAGAUCAAGGGGUUCACAAACAAUCAAAUUUCAAAAGUCAGAAUCAUUGUCUUCAAUCAAAAUGAAGUGACAGGAAUCCUUCCAAGAGAAACAGAGAACCUGAGAUCCUUGGUGAAUUCUGACGCCGAUGAGAACACACAGGCCUCAUUGGACCAAGAGGGCUCUACUGACGCUGUCACUGGGACCAGCCAGACAGUGACCGAAAAGGAAGUUCACCAUGAAAUGGCCACUAAUGGCGAGAUCCUUCCGUCAGACACUCAGAACCAUAAUGGGGGUGCUCUGUAUUUUGACAUGCUUUUACACAGCAUGGUUAAAAGCGGAAAAAUCACUUACAUCGCUAUCCCAAUGGCAAUCGGCCUUGUUCUUGUAAUAGUGGCCUGUAUAGGAGGAUGCUGCUUAGGAAUUCAGUGCUACAAACGCUGUAAAAAGCCUGAAGAUAAGUACAAGGCUAUGCAAGAGAGACGCCCGGUUAGAGAUUCAUCAGACCCAAGUGGAUCAGAAGAGACCACAGGAAGAGUGUCCAAAGAUCUAUCUUCAAUACCACCAGAAAGGACUACUGUCAUUAAUAUGUCAUCGCCUUCCACAGCUUCAGCUUCCUGCCCAUCAUACACCAUCACCAUGCCUUUAGAAUAA